ACGGCGCAUUCCUCAAUACUUUUCUCCUGGCAUACUCGCACCACCAGACGGGAAGUGAACGAGUCGGAUUCACUCACGCACACCACGUUGAGUAACCAUCCAUUCAAGACGACAGAGCAAUUGAGGCCGGGUGGUCAGAGCCUAAUAUCUCCCUACGCAUAUCGGGCGUUCAUCCGGCCUUCCCGACCUCGCCCAACACACUAGAGAACCCCUACCGGUCGCCUACCGGUCGCCUACUCGAAGUCGAGAAUCGAGAUUGCGGUCGACAUUACAUAAACGUCCAGACCGCAUGUAGCCUUGCCAUUUGACUGCCCCCCCAUAUACCGACAUAACCAACAAAUACCCCCUCCUUUCCCCUUUGACCAUCAAGAGGGACACAUCCUUCGACGACAGAACGAGUUGCGAUUGCCUACCAUGCAGUACGUCAGGAGUCUCGGCGACUCUGUCUCUACCGCCUGGAACUCUAUCAACCCUGCGACCCUCAGCGGUGCCAUCGACGUGAUAGUCGUUGAGCAGGAAGAUGGCACCCUUGCAUGCUCUCCCUUUCACGUGCGUUUUGGCAAGUUCUCGCUGUUGCGCCCAUCCGAAAAGAAGGUCGAAUUCAGGGUCAAUGGCGUCAAGCAGGACUAUGCCAUGAAGCUGGGCGAGGGAGGCGAGGCCUUCUUCGUCUUCGAAACUACAGACACCAUCCCUCAGAGCAUGCAGACGUCGCCCAUCGUGUCGCCCGCCUCUAGUCCUCCGCUCAAUGCCGACCAGUCAGGGCCUCUACAAGAACCCGAAUCACUCGAUCUGAACUCGGUAGAAGGCAAAACCCGUUCUUCGAGCUUCAACCACAGGCCUCCUCCCACUGCUCUACUAGCACGAGACGGGUUGCUCACACCUCGUUCCGUAUCACCAGAUCCUAUCAAGGGCGAAUGGUCUCCGUUUCGCCCACAUAGCGACGGCCUUCUGCGGCAAUCAGCGCGAAGAAUGCCAAGCGAUGGCAGCACCCACGAAGGUUCAGAAGAAGGCGAUAGCCACACCGAAAGAUCCCGCAGCCCGCCGCCGCUUACAGCCCCCGAAGCUCUUCAAAGGGCAAUGAACCUUUCUCGAGAGCUCGCCGCCGCCAAUAUCCCUAACCACAUCAGCGAGACCGGAGACCUCAUGUUAGAUAUGACUGCGUUCAAAAACAAUGAGGAAGACGCCUUCAGGGCCGAGAUCCUUGCGCGCAAGAUUCUCACGGAGGAGCUUGAUGGCAACUACGACAUCGGCGCACUUUUUGGCGUUGACGAGCAUGGAAACCUUUGGAUCUACAGCAGCAUCGAGGCGAAGGAAGCCGCCAUGAAGAGGACGAUGGACCCCCUACGCUCUGCAUCUCACAUGGGCAACAUUGAUGCCGCUUCUGACCCUGGGUAUCAGAGCGAUGCCAGCGAUACCUCAGCCGCCACGACUCUACCGAUCCACAGGAGAGCUGACUCUGAUGUCGGCCAGAUGACCUUGCAGACACCCCCAAGCUCUCCUGGCAGUUCGGCAGCGGGUGAUCCCAAUCGGAACUACGCAAAGACCUUGAGGUUGACUAGCGACCAGUUGAAGGCCCUGAAUCUGAAGCCCGGCGAGAACUCAAUGAGCUUCACCGUGAACAAGGCUACCUGCCAGGCUUACAUGUUCUUAUGGAAGCACGAAGUACCCGUGGUCAUCUCGGAUAUUGAUGGAACCAUUACAAAGUCUGAUGCGCUUGGCCACGUGCUGAACAUGAUCGGGCGCGACUGGACGCAUGCUGGUGUAGCCAAGCUGUAUACUGAUAUUGUAGCCAACGGGUACAACAUAAUGUAUCUGACGAGUCGGUCCGUCGGCCAGGCCGACACUACACGAACUUACCUCGCAGGUAUCGUUCAAGACGGGUACCGUCUCCCACGCGGACCUACCAUUCUCUCACCCGACCGAACUAUGGCGGCUCUCCGUCGCGAGAUCUAUCUCCGCAAACCACAUAUCUUCAAGAUGUCCACGCUUCGUGACAUCCGCAACCUCUACGGGCCCGAUCGCACACCGUUCUACGCCGGGUUCGGCAACCGUUUCACGGACCAAAUCUCGUAUCGCACGGUCGACGUGCCCCGUAACCGCAUCUUCACCAUCAACUCUAAUGCAGAGGUGUCACUCGAUUUGCUGAGUCUCAACAAACUCAAGCUGAGUUACGUCAACAUGACCGAGGUCGUCGACCAUUACUUCCCACCUGUCACCACGCUCAUCAAAGGCGGUGGCGAGGAUUAUACGGAUUUCAAGUAUUGGCGAGACCAGCCUUUGGAUCUUGACGAGUUCUCUGCCAGUGACACCGAGGACGAGCGCAGCGGUGGCCGAAAGACAUCUGCUCCGGCUGUUGUCGAUGAUCAUGAAAGUGAGUACGAGGAGGAUGACGAGGAGGAGGUUGGCGACGGUCUUGUGGACAGCUACAUCUCGAGGAACUCGGUGGAUGAUUACGAGGAAGGAAGCGUGGCAAGUGAGGAUGGGGAUUAUGAUGCAGAGGAUGAUGGAGAAGAUGAUGGAGAAGAUGAUGGAGAGGAUGAUGGUGAGGAUGGUGAGGAAGAGGAGGGAGAAUAUGAUGAGGAGGCUGCGCCCGAGCAUAUGGUUGAUUCGGCUAUGCUGGAGAGCGUGUAUGUGGAUGCAGAUGCGGAUGAGGGAAUCACUGACGACGAGGACGCCGAGGGAGAGAAAAUAGUUGAAGAAGAAGAGGUGGACAACGUGGAGGAGGAAGACGGAGGACUCGGCGCCGAGGAAGAGGAAGGGCUCAGACGUGCCGCUGCCGAUCUUGAACAGGCGAUGAAGGAGCAGGAGAGGAAGAGGGAACCAACUGAAGCUCAAUUGCAAGUGCCUGUUGAGCAGCAGUCCAGGGUCGGCUCAAGCUCAUCGGCUUCGCCCAAGGUGAUUGAGCCAGAUGCAGAUGCUGAAAUUAUUACUGGGAUUAAGGAUCUUACUGUUGAGAAGGAAGUGAGCUAGAAGAAGCAUGUAUAACGAGAGGAGGGUUUGUGAUCAAGUAUCGUUACCAUGAAGAGGGAAGAUGCUAUUGGAAACUUUUAACAGCGAUAUAUAACACACACCCGAGGAAAGGCGGAGGAGGAAAAUGGAUGGAAGAGAGGUGAUCCUUGGGCGAUUCCCUCACAUUGCAUAGCGCGGCGCAACUGGAAGGGAAAUACAAUGUACUUGACAUUUACGGUGCCAGUUUAUUACAUCACUACUCCUAGUAACGUCUACC